ACCGACCGUAUGAAACAAGUAAUAAAAAAUAAAAAUGUUGGGAAAAAGAAACAAAGGCAUAGCUGAGAUACACGAGACAGAGACUCUCACGCUGAGGGAAGACUUUACCGAGUCCUUACGCGUUGUUUCCACCAACCAACGAACGAAAACCCUUAUCACAUUCGAAUCGUCGUGUUCCUGCGGUGAAGAAAUCAGAGAGUGAAGAUGAGUGAUAAUUUGAUGGAGAAAGUGAGUGCUUUGGGAGAGAGGUUGAAGAUUGGAGGUGCAGAAGUGGGUCGGAAGAUGAGUGCGGGCAUGACCUCCAUGAGCUUUAAGGUCAGAGAGUUCUUCCAAGGUCCUAACCAGGUUGACAAGCUCGUCGAUGAUGCUACCUCUGAGGCCCUCGACGAGCCCGAUUGGGCCAUGAAUCUCGAUCUCUGUGACCUCAUCAACACAGAAAAAGUCAACAGCGUCGAACUCAUCCGGGGAAUCAAGAAGCGGAUCAUGGUCAAAAGCCCUAGGGUUCAGUACCUCGCUCUGGUCCUCCUCGAAACUUGCGUCAAAAACUGCGAAAAGGCCUUCUCUGAAGUCGCCGCCGAGAGAGUUCUCGACGAGAUGGUUAGGCUCAUCGACGACCCUCAGACCGUCGUUAACAACCGUAACAAGGCCUUGAUGAUGAUCGAAGCUUGGGGUGAGUCUACCGGCGAGUUGCGUUAUCUCCCUGUUUAUGAAGAAACUUACAAGAGUCUGAAAUCGAGGGGAAUUAGGUUCCCUGGUCGUGAUAAUGAGAGUUUGGCUCCUAUUUUUACUCCUCCUCGUUCAGUGUCUGCUCCCGAGGCUGAUGUGAAUGUUCCGCAGCAUGAUGUUCCUGUGCUGAGUUUCACCCUUGAACAGACAAAGGAAGCAUUUGAUGUUGCACGAAAUAGCAUUGAGCUUCUUUCCACUGUGUUAUCAUCUUCGCCCCAGCAAGAUGCUCUACAGGAUGAUUUGACCACAACACUUGUACAGCAGUGUCGUCAGUCACAAGCUACUGUCCAGCGAAUUGUUGAAACUGCAGGGGAAAGCGAGGCAUUGCUUUUUGAGGCCUUGAACGUAAACGACGAGAUUCAGAAGGUUCUCACCAAGUAUGAAGAGCUGAAGAAGCCUACAGCUGCUCCACUUCAGCCUGAACCAGCUAUGAUACCUGUUGCUGUUGAGCCAGACGAGUCACCCCGUCACACUAAAGAAGAUGCUUUGAUUAGAAAGCCAGCUGGAUCAAGAACUGGGGUCCAUGGAGGGAGCAAUGAUGACAUGAUGGAUGAUCUUGAUGAGAUGAUUUUUGGGAAAAAGAGUGGGGAUGCAUCAGAUGGGGGACACGAUACAAAGAAGCAGCAAUCAUCGAAAGAUGAUCUCAUCUCCUUCUAAGCUGCAAUACUAAUACACGCUGAAUAUAGAACAGAGUGCCUUUGAUGUCUUCCUACUUUUAUACCUAGAUGUUGAUUGUGAACUUUGUUCAGAAUUUCAGAUUGCUCGUUCCAUUAUUUUUUUUGCACAUCGUGUGCAACUUAUGUUUGGAUUAUGGUAUAUAAGUUCUUGACUAGGUGUAGUGGGAGUCUUUCUGGAAAUUUUCGACGAGGUUUCAUUCAUUUAGUUACUUGGAUAACUGAUGCUUGUUGAUGUAUGGUAAUGCUAACGCCAUCUUGAACUCACGUCCAUCCAUUUUUUUCACUACCUCGGCGCCCUUCGCUUUUCAAAUUGUUGCCCUGUUCUUGCUUUUCGUGAGCAUUCGUACCAAUCAAAAUUUUCCAAUAUGAAAAGUGGUCGUCCAAGAAAAGUU